AUGUUGGAGGGUGACACAGGGACCUUGACAGCAGCACAGACAGAUCCCCCCAGAUCUUCACUGACUGUGACUCCAGACAGUCCUGUAUUCACUGGAGAGACAGUCAAUCUGAAGUGUGUGAUUGAGUCUUACAGUAACUGGAGAUAUGAGUGGUAUAAAGACACAGACAGUGUAAUGUUACAGACGUCUGGUCGUUACACUGUAAACAGAGACACUCUCACUAUCAGAGGAGUAAUUACAUCUGAUCAGGGUCAGUACUGGUGUAGAGGACGGAGAGAUCAGAGACCAAACUCAUCACAAUCAAGAUCUGUUCAUCUCUCUGUGAAGGAUAAACCGAUGCCGACUCUGACUGUAAAACCCCAGAGUUCAGUGUUCACUGGAGACACAGUUACUCUGAGCUGUGAUGUGGGACAGUUAACUGGAUGGACAAUUCACUGGAGAAAAGACUCAAACCCUGAAUCCACGACUGAUGCAACUAAAACAAUCAAGUCUGUGAGAGACUCUGAUGAAGGAGAAUACAGGUGCAGAGCACGACGAGGAAACUACUACAGCGAGUUCAGUAAUACAGUUAAGAUUACAGUAACAGUGAGACCCAAACCUGUAGUUGGUGUUGAUCCUGAUAGACGUGUGUUCAGAGGAGAGACGGUCACUCUCACAUGUGACAUACAGCAGACAGGAGUCUGGCAGUACAGCUGGUAUAAAGACAACAAACAAGAUUAUAUCAUAGGACGAGACCAGAACUAUAAAAUCCCAUCUGUGGAUCCGUCUCAUAGUGGUGUGUACAGCUGUAGAGGAACUCAGACACAAGCACCAACACACACACAGAUGAGUGACGGAGUUACACUGACAGUAUUAGAUUCCCCCAGAUCUUCACUGACUGUGACUCCAGACAGUCCUAUAUUCUCUGGAGAGACAGUCAAUCUGAAGUGUGUGAUUGAGUCUGAUUACAGUAGCUGGAGAUAUGAGUGGUAUAAAGACAGCACAGAAGUGUCUCAACAUCACACUGUAAAUAGAGACACUCUCACAAUUAAACAAUCUCAAACAUCUGAUGCUGGUUUGUACACGUGUAAAGGACACAUAGAUGGAAGAUCAGUCUCAUUACACACAAGCUCUGUUUCUCUCUCUGUGAUCGGUGAGUUUGAUAUCUUUGUCCUCUUAAGCUUAUUUGACUCAUCAUGAUGAAAGUUUAUGACACUCUUAGGGGGCUUUCACACUGGCAGUUUAGUGCGGAACAAGGCAUGGUUUGCAUGAAAAACCGAGACUACCUGGAAAAGGUGGUAUGAGUUCGGUUGCUCCCGAACUGUGGCACGGUUCGAGUGAAUGUGCAAGCAACACUGACUCAGGUGCGCACUUGUUCAGGAAGUGAAGUAUCCUGCGCAUGCGUAACACUGUCGAUAUCAUUGUUUCCUCAACACACUAGAGAGCCGAGGUUGA